CAUAUGAUGCUUCACAUUGAAUCUAGAAGAUUUGACCCCCUAUAGAUUCCCGUUGGCAGAACAGAAGGAACCAGAUCAUCCGCCGCCGACGACAAAUUUCAUCUUCAAUCCUCGCCAAUUCUCGAACAGUUCUGACAAAACACUCCGAUCUGAAUUCUGAUUUCUCGUUUCUCUACCCUACGAUUGCUUCCCAAGCUCGAAAUCCGCAAAUUCCCUAAUCCCAAUCUGGCUCAUCAAAAACCUAAUUUCCCAUUUCAAAGCUCCGAAUCAAAACCCUAACUCAUGAGACGACCCCUCAUUUUCCUUCUUCUGCUUUUCAAGAUCGUCAUCGCUUCGUUCAUUGGAUGCUUCGCGGAUUCCGACACCUCCGAGACCUCGCUUUCCAACACCCUCAAACCCUUCAAUUCUCUCUUGCCUCCUUCUCCCAAGAAUGAUGUAGCUCUGGUAGUUGAUCUGGAUGGGAAAUUUUACUUAGUGGACGCGAAUUCAAGGAAAGUUCUUUGGGCGCGGCCGUCGGGAGUGCCUAUAUAUUCGUCGUAUCAGAAUAUUACCAGCCAUCAGAAUGGUACGACUAAAGACAAUAAUAAUGGAUCUGAACCAAUCAACGACGCUUUUCUCGAUUUUGGUGACGAUGGUCAACUAUAUGUUUACAGCAAGCACCAUAAACAAAUGGUGUUUUUCAUGCUCCAGAAAUUUCCAGAGAGUAUUGAUGACUAUAUCAAAAAUACUCCAAUUAUAUCGAAAGACGGAGAAGUCACGUUAGGAUUUAGGACAACCACCGUUUUUGUUGUCGAUGCCAAGUCUGGGAAGUUGAUUCGUACAUAUGCAGAUUCUCCUUCCUUGCGGGGUGUUCAGAACGGUGAAGAAAAACAGGUUGUGUUGAAGGAAGAUAUCGAAGAAGAGUUGGUAGAGUCAGAUGCUAAAGACUUGAAAACAGUUGAGCAGCAGCUCUACAUCACGAGGACAGAUUAUGCAUUGCAGCACUAUGCUCCAAACAGCAAUCAAAUUUUAUGGAAUUUGACAUUCGCUGAAUUUGAUGCUGCUUUUCGAUUUUUCGGUUCUGGAAAUGAGCUUGGUAAUUCCAAAUCGGCCUUGUGUCAUGAGGUUAAGCCUGUGAUCUUUCAGAUUCGCAAUAGUAGGUUGAGGGGUCCUCUUUCUAUAUUUGAUAGACUAGUUGGUGCGCUUCCUGGAGGCAGACCACUUCCUUUGCCUGCUCCGGAAUACAGCCUUGCCCCAGUGGAUUUUGGCCAAAUUCAAGAAGCUUCCAGAAGCACUCCGAGCAGAGAAGUGCUUGCCUUGACUUCUCCUGAGACGGAAGAUUUGGGGAUCUCGGGUAGAAACAGUAGUGGCAUUAGUGAAAUGAUUUUCCCGAGCACAUUAGCUGAAACUAUUGUGAGGUUUCAUUCACGGUAUCUUAUCCCAUUCCUAUAUCCUCUUCUGUCCGUUGCAUCUGCAUGUUUUAUCCCUUACCAUUUCAUGGUGUCUAGGGAGCAGAGAAAACAAAAUAAGUCAGAUGAGGAACCUAAGGUUCCCAAAAAGAAGAAAAAAGGGAAAUUGGGAAACAAGAAGAGUAAUGCCAGUAACGAGAAAAGCCCGAACUAUAGCUCAGAUGACCACAUACACUCUGAAGGAAGUGACAGAAAAGCUCUGCUGACAUUUACUGAGCUUGUGGAUGAUUGUCGUAGGAUUGGUAAGUUAGUCGUUUCAAAGAAAGAAAUUGCUAAGGGAAGCAACGGUACUGUCGUACUCGAGGGAUUCUACAAUGGUCGUUCAGUGGCUGUUAAACGGCUUGUUCGGACUCAUCAUGAUGUCGCUGUGAAAGAGAUUCAGAAUCUUAUUGCCUCUGAUCAGCAUCCAAAUGUUGUCCGUUGGUACGGAGUCGAGCAUGAUCAAGACUUUGUUUAUCUUUCUUUGGAGCGUUGCACUUGUAGCUUGAAUGACCUGAUCUAUCUGUAUUCUGAAUCUUUACAAAGUCAAGUUAGCACCAAUGGUCAGAAUUCUAAAUUUUCUAAUGAAUACACUCUUCGGUUACAUGAAAUAAUGGAAAAGAACAAAGAUAUUAAGUUGUGGAAGCCUAAUGGGUACCCUACUCUCCAGUUGUUGAAAUUGAUGAGGGACGUGGUUUCUGGGAUUGCCCACCUGCAUGAACUUGGAAUUAUACAUCGAGACUUGAAACCUCAGAAUGUUUUGAUAAACAACUACAAGGACAGAUUUUUAAGUGCAAAACUUUCAGAUAUGGGUAUCAGUAAGCACCUUCCAGGGGAUAGUUCUUCCAUAACCCAGCAUGCUACUGGUUACGGUAGUUCAGGCUGGCAAGCACCUGAACAACUUCUUCAGCAGCGUCAAACACGUGCGGUAGAUUUAUUUAGUUUAGGCUGUGUUCUGUUCUUCUGUGUCACUGGGGGAAAGCACCCAUAUGGUGAUAAUAUCGAACGCGAUGUAAACAUCGUGAAUGACAGGAAAGACCUUUUCUUCAUUGAGAAUAUGCCCGAAGCUGUUGACCUUUUUGCUCGUCUCUUGGAUCCCACCCCUGAUUUGAGGCCAAAAGCCAUGGAUGUGCUGCAUCAUCCUUUCUUUUGGAGUCCUGAGAUAAGACUCUCAUUUCUGCGAGACGCCAGUGAUCGGGUCGAACUGGAAGAUAGGGAGAAUGAUCCCCAACUGCUGAAUGCAUUAGAGAGUAUUGCCGUCGUUGCAUUAAAUGGGAAAUGGUAUGAAAAAUUGGAAGCCGCGUUCAUCAACAACAUUGGUCGGUACAGGCGUUACAAAUAUGAUAGCGUCCGCGAUUUGCUGCGUGUGAUUCGGAACAAGCUUAAUCAUUACCGGGAACUUCCCGGGGAAAUCCAAGAACUGUUAGGACCUGUUCCUGAUGGAUUCGAUAGUUAUUUCUCGAAUCGAUUUCCAAGGCUCUUAAUCGAGGUUUACAAGGUUAUGCUCUUGCAUUGUGGAAAGGAGGAAUUCUUUCUCAAGUAUAUAACAAGUAACCUAAUCUAACUUGUAAAAGAAAUUGUAUCAUAUCACAUAAAUUUAUAGUGGAAAUGACUAAUGUUGCGAGUGUUUCAGUGUAUGUA